CAAUGAAAAAAGUUAUUGCUACAAGUUGCCUAAACAGUUCAGAAGUGUAUUCAUGGCUUAUUAAGCAUUACAUUAAUAAUAACCAGUUUGAUACAUGUGUAAAGUGACACCCUGUCUAUAGAGAGGCUCCUGAGAUGAUGGAAAAUGAAUAUAAAUGAGAAUGUUUGAGGAAGAUGCAGAAAUGUAUAUUUAUAGUUAGAAGUUAAAAGAAGUUUCGGCAAAAACCUCAUUAUGUCAAUGGAAAGUUUGAUAAAUCUGGACACUUUGACAGAAGAAGAACGCAAGAUUAUCUUGUCUGUCUUGAAGAAAGAUGAUGAACUCAAAAAGUCUCAAGACAGAAAAAUAGGGCAUCUGAAGUUAGAAAUUCAAGCUAUUCGCAUGAAAAGUGUGCUACGGAAUGGUGAUGACUUGUCCAAAAUCUGUGCCAGGUGUCAUGCAGAGCUAGGAUUUCUCUUUAAUCGUGGUGACCUUUGUCCAAAGUGCCAUUUUCGUGUAUGUCGAGCGUGUCAAGAACAAGGACUUGCAGGCACAUGGUUGUGUACAUUAUGUCAUAAGCAAAGGCAGUUGAAAUUUUUUAUGGAAGAAUGGAAUAAGAAGGGAAAGCCCAAUAAAAAGACAGGUACUGACCUAGUGAAGGCCUCUAUAGUCAGACAAAGAAGGCCUGGUAGAGUAAAUGAUGACACUUCUCAGGUAGAGAAAUCAAGAGGAGUUCAGAAUGGAAAUCCAGUCCAGAAUGGAACAGCAUUUCGAAGUAAGAAAGAAGCAGAGAAUGAAAGGAUUGAAUAUCCCAAUGACUCUGACAAAAGAAAGCUGAGCCAACUUUUCGAUUCUUUUAAAUUGGGUAAAUCUAGUGAAAAAACAGAACAAGUUGAAUCAAAACAUCAGGUGUCAGUGAAAAAAUUAACCACUAAACGGUACGAUGAUUCUGAUGAAUCAAGUUCGUCUGAUGAUGAUCGAUCUUCAAGAGAUUCAUCACCAAAUGUUACACAUAGAAUGACAGACACACGAUCAGCAGAUGACUUUGUUACAGCAAGCAAUCUUACGAGAGGUGUCUUACAACGAAACUAUUCUGAUGAUUCUGAUCAAACAGCAAUGUCAGAUGAAACACCUUUCAUGAAAAAUACCGGAAGCACAGAAACACAGAUACGUGUUGAUAUUCAUUCUGAUUCAUCAGGAACAACACCAAAAAAAAUCAAACCUUCAAAAUUUGAUCAAGAGACCACAGGUAAAAUCAAAGAUCAUAAAUCAAAUCAUAUACAUGACCAAGUUGUUAGGACAGGAAGUAUGUCAUCGUAUCGUUCAACCUCACCUGAAAACAUAGACACACCUAGUUUACAAAAAAGACAAACCUACCAGCAAAAUAGAUCACCGUCACCUUAUUCAUUUGACAGUAUUCCAUCAUCCCAUGCAGAUUCACCGUUACCAAAGAAACGAUUUUCAUCAGAGUUGUACCGACAGGAUUCUGACGCAGACUCUCGUGUAAGUGGUGUCAGUGGAAUAAGUGGAACAGCUGAACACAGCGGAACAGAAUCGGUAGUUAAGGAUAGCGGUGAAGAAGAUUACACUGUAGAAGAGUUAUCUAACAUUAGAUUUAGACGAGUUUCCAGGAAGAAUGGAAAGUCACAAAGAUCAUCAGAGCACAGUCCCAUUGAUGACGAGGAGGUUCACCGAAGGGGUUCUUCAGGUAAGGGCAGGGUUCAUGUUGUAGAUUUACCUGAGGCAAAGGGGUUUGUUCAAAUAUCUGAAAUUUCUUUAUUUGACAUUGAAAAAGACGUCGAUAAUGACAGUGAUGCUUUUUUAAAUCUUGACUUUGUCCCCCCUCCCAGCUCAAAUUCACACGGUAAAGGGGUUAAUUUAUCUGAUAAAAGUGCAGGCAGUCCAAUUACCAAUGAAGAAGCUCAGAAAUCAUCACAAAAAUCUGUUGUGGACUCGAAACAAAACAUUCCUAGAAACCUAAAAAGGCAAGUAGUUACUUCAGCAAACUGCGAAAUAUCAGAUAAAAGUGUGUCUAAAACAGAACCAAAGAUUGAUGCAAAAAUUGUGCAAAAUGUCCACUCCUUGCAGUCACCCAGAGAAUCUCAAUUUACCAAGAAAUUAAAAUCGAAUGAAAAGUCAGAAAAAUCUAACAUAAGAACUGAAAAAGACUCGAGUGAACAAAUUCAAAGGGAGUUUGGAGGUAAAAAGAUUGAAACAAAACAAUCACAGUUAGAGAGAAAACUGAUAUCAAAAACUUCAAAGAUGCAGGCUACAUCUCAAGAAAGUAAGAAGAAAGUAGCAACAUCUGAAUUAGAUGUUUCUCAAAAGAAAAAUAAAGAUCAAAAGAGUAAAAAAAGUGUAGAAGCCAGUAAAAUAAAUAAACAAAUGAAAACAUUUGAGGCAGAAAGCAGAGACCUAUCUUUUGAAGAGCUUGUAUUAGAGAAAGAUGCAAAUUCUAAACGUUCAGUGGAUUCAGAAUUUGAUGAAAUAUUUAACAUAGCCAUGGCAGACCUUUCAGUUGAUGAGUCUACAACAGAUAUGAGUGAUGCUGGUUCAUUUAAUAGAGCAAAGGGAAAGAAGAUCAAAAAAUUAAUGAAGAAAAGAAAAGUAGAAAAGAAAGAAAAAGAUUUGAGUAUUGGGAUUAAAAUGGACAAAGAUCCUGAAGAUCUAAAAAACAAGGAGAACAUUAAAAGUAUGAAAAACAUUCAUGAAGUGAAGGAAGAUAGCAAGCACAGAAAGGAAUAUUCUGGUGAUAUGAAAUCAGAAAUGAAUGACAAAAAUAAAUAUGGAACAAUUGAAAAGAAAAGCAAAGAAGAAAAUAAAAAUGAAGUUACAAAACAAAAUAUUGAAAGACCAAAUGAAGAAAAAAAAUUCAAUGAUCAAAAUAAAAGUACUGAUAUCCAACAAAGUGGUUGUGUUGAACAAUCAGUGGAGGUGACACUUAGUCAGUCUCAGAAUGUGGAGAAAACACAAUUAGAAAGGGGAGUAACUCCAGAACUUGUUACUGAGGAAGUCAUAAACCCUGUUCGGAUUGUCAGAGAGGAGGCAUCAACAUUGCCGAUUGCAAAACUUGAGAAAAUUGAAUUAUCAAUGACAAAGAAUUUUGAUAAAAAUGGAAAACAGCAAAGGUCAGAACAUGAUCAAUUAGAUAGUAAAAGGGAAACAACUGACAAAAAAUUAGGUACAAAUCUAUCAUCAGGGGAGACAAUUCGUGAAUCAAAAGAUUGUGCUGUAGGAAUUCCUUCUAUGGUGCCAGAAGAAUUUGAACAAAUGGGUGAAAUAAAUUUUGAUGAUUUAACUAUGGAACAAAUUGGUGAGUUGAUGAGGAGAAAAGUUAUACCUAUGGAUGAACAGAUACUAAAUCUAAUUGAGUUUUCACAGAAUCGGGAAAAGUUGUCACCUGCAUUGAUGGCAACAGGAAGUUGUGAUUCUGAUGAACUUAGUAUUAUUCAAGAAGAAUCAGAACCAAGUGAAUCUGAUACAUCUACAGAACAAAAUCAGGUGCACUUAGGUAAUUCAGAACAGGAAGAUAGUAGGGUUACCAAAGAGAUUCACACUGAAGAUUUGAAACCAAAUAUUGGUGAAAUAAACACUACGGAUGUCCUUGAACAAGUGAAGUCAUCAGAGUAUGAACUCAGUAUCAGAAACGAAAAAGUUUCUCUUCCUACACAAAAUGUUGAGGUGCAUGGUCAUGAUGUUAUUUCUGAAAAAUCCUCAGAACUUGAAAAUUCUGUACCUAUAGAUUCCUUUUCAAAACAAGAAAAUUUUGAAAAAAAUAUUUCAGUGGGUAAGGAUGAAAGUCAAAAUGCAAGAACUAGCACCGAGGAUUUACAGAAAUUUUAUCAAGAAAUAAAAGAACAGGUUGCAUUAGAAUGUUAUAUGGAAACUCAGAAAUUAAAAAAUUCGCAGACAGAUUCUAUCCAUUCAAUAACAGAUGAAAAUUUACCAGAAGAUUUAAAUAACAGCCAAACAUCCACACAGACAGUUAUUAAAGAAUUGAUUUCUAAACAUUCUAAAGAUGAGCAAAUGGGAAAUCGAAAAACUGAUAGCUUAAAAGCAGAGAUAUUUUCAGAAUAUUAUGGUAAAAGUGAUUUUUCCAGUAUGCCAAUAGAAAAUCUGAAGAAUGAAGGCAUUGAACAUCUGCAGAUGAGAGAAAAGCAUGAUGGUAUAGCUACUGACAAAGAUAUUCAGUCAGAUGUAAGUAAACUGUCUGAAAAAGAUUUUACUGUUGAUGGCCAUAAGUCUGUUGACCUUGAAGUUAACUUAUUAACAAGCAUAUCAGAUUCAAGCUCAAAAUCUGUUGUACAAAGACCUAGGGCCAGUUCAGUUACACUAGAGGUAGAUGAAUCUGAUGAUGAGUCUAGUGUAGUAUUGGUUAGUAACGAGUGUCGAUCUCCUGUAAAAACCGUUGACGAAAUGAAAAUUGAAAUUACUUCUUCUCCAGUUGAGAAAAUGACAUUUGAAACUGAUGAUAUAAGGCAGCCUUCUUACAUGGCUGAAUCUACACCUGAAAGGAAAUACAAUAAACCCAAAGAUGAUACACCUCAUCCGGAGGGCUACACUCCAACAAAAGCAGAUUUAUCAGCAGACAUUACGAUAACACCUGCUGAAAGGAGUGGGGAUUCUGAAAAUACCUUCUGUGAUUUAUUAGAGGAUAAUACAUCAGACAAAGAGGUCAAGGACAUUACAUAUCAAAAGUUAAAAGAGUCUAAGAAAUCUGACCUUGUGGGUCAAAGUCUGUCUCGGGAAGUCCUUGUGAAACAGUGGUUGACAUCAAAAACGGAAUCAAGAGAAGACAACUCUAGUCCACAGUCAGACUCUUCUGAACUUGCCUCUGACAAAGUGGCUUUGCAAAUAAACCCUGCCCUAAAAUCUGAAACCCCUGCAUGUGACCUGUCUUCCCAGCAGAUGACCCUGCCCAAAUUAAACAUGCAGGAGUGGAAAGAGACAGGUAUUAGAGAAGCGGAUUCCAUUACAAAAUUAUCACCAAGAGCCAGUUCAGAAGGGUCAGCAAGCCUAGAAGAUAGUGGUCAUGUCAGUGGAGCAUCAACGCAGGAAAAUACACCUGAGCAUCGUAGAACAGAUAGUUUACAGAGUCAGGCAUCAAUGGCAUCAUCUAAGUUGUCUACCCUAACAGAUAAGGAGAGUGAGGACGAUCCUGACAUUGAUGAAAUCGUAAGGUCACAUCGAUCUCUGCAAGGUUCAAUGGGUGGUAGUCGUGGCAACCUGUUGUCAGCCAUGACAGAGAGCAGAGAGAGUAUUGUCAGUUUUUACAGCAAUGCUGGUGAUGUAGAUUACGGUAAAAUACCAAUAACGGGAGACAUACAGUUUGGUCUGGAUUAUAACUACCGGACAGGGACACUAGAGAUACAAAUGACACAGUGUAAAGGAUUGGCACCUGCCGACACCAGGAGAAAUAGAUCUGAUCCGUAUAUAAAGACAUAUUUGUUGCCAGACAAGACAAGAAGUGGAAAACGUAAAACAAAGAUCAAGAAGCACACACUUAAUCCUGUAUUUGAUGAAAAGUUGAGAUACUUGAUAUCUAAGAGUGAACUAGAGAACAGAACAUUAUGGGUGACUGUGUGGCACAAUGAUAGAUUUGGUAGGAAUGAUUUCCUUGGCGAAGUCACCAUCAAUUUUGACUAUUACAGAUUUGGAGAUUCUGCAGCAAAAUGGUACAAGUUACAAGAAAGGGUGCCUCCACAUGAACGACAGAAUAUAAGGUUUGAACAGCCAACAUCUCUUCUUACUUAUAAAGGGGACAUCAUUCUCUGUCUGAAGUAUGUUCCUCCAGAACAAGUAAACAGAGAUUCCCCCUCUCCAUCACGGAAGAAGGCAAGGAAACCCAAACUGCCUGGAGACAAAGGCCAGCUACAUGUGCUUAUCAAGGAGGCUAGAAACUUAACUGCUGUCAGAUCUAAUGGCUAUUCGGAUCCUUUCUGUAAAGGGCAAUUACAGCCAGAUAAAGAAAAACAGAAAACACAAGUGAUCAAAAAAGAAUGCAACCCUGCAUGGAAUUGUACUAUGGUGUUUGAAGAUGUCACUGCUGAAAAUCUGAGAGAGAAGUCAUUGGAGCUGACAAUAUGGGACCAUGACAAGCUGUCCAGUAAUGAUUUCUUGGGAGGAGUAAGGCUGAAUCUGGGAACAGGGAAAAGUUAUGGUAAGAUAGUAGAUUGGAUAGAUGCAAGAGGAGAGGAGAUUUCGUUUUGGCAGGCUAUGGUAGAUAGACCUAAUUUCUGGAUAGAUGGCGCUCUUGUUCUCAGAUCUACCAUAAGUAAAAGGAAGUGACAUCACAACAUAAUAUCCAAUCAUAAUUGAUGGUGCUAAGCAUUCUCAGUUGAUCCAGUUUUCAGAUGGACAUGGGAUGUAGAUGUUUUAACCUGAUUCAAUGUGGUGGAGAGGACAUUGGUGAAGAUAAUCAGACAAAGCAAUAUAAUUUAAUUGUUGAAGGACAUGGAUAGAUGAAAUGGCUAGUUAAAAUUGUUUAAAAAGAAGCUGCCAAUAAAUUGCAUGUGUUGUAAUUUUCUAAUUUUUCAAAGUAAAAGGUGUUGAUACUAUAUAUUUAAACGUUUUUGUCUUUCAGGAGUAUAAACUAUAAACGUUUUUGUCUUUCAGGAGUAUAAACUAUAAAUACAUUCAUAUUGAAUAACAAAACUUCUGUCUGUAGUUUAAGCCUUCAAACAAAACUCUCUGCCUAUGAAUAUGUAAUGAGAUCAAAAUGAUCUAAGCUUACUAAAUUAUCUAACAAAAGGUUAAUGUAGUAUGUUGUGAAGAUAAAGUGUUGGAAACAAAUUGCUUAAAGCUUCAAUAUUCCAAAUACCUCAUAUUUCAUUGUGCAAUUAGGAUUUUGUUAAAUGUUGCAUUUAAUACUUGCUUGGGUUUAUUUAUACUUUGAAAAAUCGUCUGUUGGUGAGGAAAUAUCAAUCAACUUAAAUGUCUAUAGAGGCCAAUUAAACUUAAUGUAUAGAUUUUCGUCAAUUUUAACAAAAUUAUUUUUGAACAUAAAUUUUCAUUUUACAAUUUCAACAUCCUAAUCAAUAAUAGAAGUUUCAGCGUGUGCUGUGAUGCUUGGUUCCACAUUUUAGGACACUGGUGUGAACUUUUUAUGGCUUUAAUCACUUACUGAAGCAACAACUCUGAUGAUGAAAAUCAUGCAAACAAGUGACAGUCGAAAUGUAAAUACACAUGUGAUUAGUUCAAGAAAUCUUAACGAAAGAAAAGUAAAAAUAAUUGAGGUGUAUUUUGAUGCAAAUCGGCAAAUUAAGUCAAUUGUCAUUGUGUACAAUUUUAUAUGCUGUAAAGACACAUUCAUCCUUAACAAAAAGACUAAUAAUUAUCCUUAUGGUACCAGAUGAUUGCACACAAUUUUUUGAAGUAGAAAUGAUCCCUUAUCUGUAUCAUUAAACUUGCAUUUAUGAUAUUAAAAGAAAACAGGGUUUCUAUUUCUUGAUAAGAUAUUAUUAUGUCCAAUCUAAGUGGUCUCAUAAUAAAUUUCUGGACACCUAGUCUCAUUUACAUUUUGGCCAUCAAUUCUCUCUACAGAAAAAAACAUAAUAUUUAAGAGUAUUUUCCAUCAAGCUGGCAUAGCUUUCUUAUAGCACAUGAUAAUAAAUGCUUACUAUUGAAUGAUGCACAUUAUGGUAAAGCCCCGAAAGUGGAACAGCCCAAACUGAACCAGUCAAAUAAGAGCUAAGCCUGUGCAUCAAUUCAAAAAUUUGGCAUUUUAGUGAGUGUCACUAUUGGUUUUAAUGCAGUGAAUGAAAAAUUAGAUUCUUUAUCAGACGUACAGUGUUUUAACAGUAUUAAAAAUCAUUAUUUUCAAUUGAAUUAUAAAUUAAUAUUUUAUUAACUUAGUGUCCUAAAAUGUCAUAACAUUAAAAUCAAACAGAAUAUUAUUAACUGAUAUUAAUUGUGUGUUAUUCUGAAAUAAAGUUAACAUAGCUAAAAUGAGUUAUUUUUCCACAUUUCAACAACAUUCAUAAAUCUAUGUAUGGAUUUUAGAGCUUUAGUACACCAGUAUCUUAGAGUAAACAAUGAUUAAAUGAAUUGCAUGAGUUAGUGAUGUAUUUAAAUUAUUUGUUAUGAAUUUUCGUAAAGAAGUUUAGUUAUUUAGAUUACUUCCAAAGAAGUAUAAAGUUUAAGAUUACUUCUUAUGAGAUGAAGGUUGCUCAACAGAAUGUGAUAUUAUUGUAGAUAAUGUAUAUAAACAUAUUGUAUAUUUGUUAUAUGAAUCAAAAUAUUCUAUUCUAACUGUGGUAAUCAUUGUGAUAAAUGAACAUUACUUACACAAAAAAAUAUAUACAAGAAAUAAAGAUAAAUGUGAGCUUUGUUGCUUUUGACAUAGAUAUUAUUUCAACGGUUGUGAAAGAAUUAUGUUAAACUGAAAGAAGGGGUAACUACGGGGACAAGGGUAAAACAUAUUGGGUUUGGCUGAUAAGAAGUUUUGAAAAUUUUGGAAAAAGUCAAUGUAAGGGUAUAGUAUGAUAUAUUAUUGUACUUUUUGCUGCAAUUGAAUGUUGAUAAAUGAUCACUUUACAGAAAUAUAACAUUCAAUGUAAAAAUCAAAUCUGUUUCAUAGUCCUUAUUAUAGUGUUUUUAUUUGGCUCAGUGCAUAUCUUUCUUUUAUAUGUAAAAUGUGUUGGACUCAAGCUAAUUUUCCUAGGAAUGCAAAGAGAAACUAACUUCACAAGACAAUUCAGUAUAAUUAAGAAUCAAGGAAUCAUCCCUUGCAGACACAAAAAUAUUCAAAGUAAACUUACUGCUCAUGUGAAGAGCUAAAUCCUGGUGUUCUAGUUGGAAAACUUGCGGUCAAGAAUGAAAACUAAUGAUAUCCAUUAGAAUAAAAGAAAGAUAAGCAAAUAAAUUAGAAAUUGUAUUUCAUGAAAUUCCUCAUCCAUUAUAAUGAUAUUUUAUUUCAUGCAUUUUUAGGUAACUUUAAUGAUGAAAAAAUGAAAAAUUAGAUGUUCAUUUUACGGAUCAAAUAUUUCUUCAAUUUUGUUGAUGAUGAUACAUUUUGGGUGAACAAUAGUAAAAACCUUUUUUUAAUGUAUAAAUGAAAUUACAAAUUAUUCAUUACAACAUUUCACUGAAAAAAAUAUUACGACUGGCUUAUUUCAAAAGAUAAUAAUAAAUCAUAGUCAUUUACAUGGCCCAUGGCCAUACAUUAGAACACACUUUUAUGUUAGUAAUUGAAAUAAAUCAAGUAUUUCACUUUGAGAUGUACAAUCUCUAUCAUGAACUAAUAAAUAUGCAUGUGUAAUGAUUUUGUUCAUAGUUCAACGUAUACAUAUUCAGUUCUGUUAUAUUUUAUUUCCAGAAAUCCAGCAAAUUGUUUUGUCUACAUUUAAAUUUAUAAUGCAAUCUUUAUACACAAUGUUCUAUUAAAUAAAAUACUCAUGCUUUU